AGCAGGUUGAAACAAGCUAGUAGCAGUGAGAAUAUCAGACCAAAACAGGCUUUUUGGGUGGGCAGGAUAGUAGGGCUGUUGAAGAGAAAAGCAGCAGCAAAGUUGAGAAGAGGCUGGCGGAGAUAGAGAAUCACAUACUUCUGUUCAAAAAGAUUUCAGUGCAGCUCCAAGAGACAGAAAGGCCCAUGGGUCACAGGGAGAGGCAGAAGGGAGCAAAAAAAUACAUUUUUAUGAGAAGUAGAGGCAUUAGGAAGAGAAGCAAUCAGCCAAGCUGGGAAGAAGAGAUUGUGUCCAAACUUAGUAGUGUGUCUUGGCACAGAAGACUGAUAGUAAACAAGUAAACAGAGUUGGCAACAGUGGUAACUGCAGGAGCAAAACCUGCUCAGUGACAAGGAUGAGGACUCUUCCAGAGACCUGUGACCAGGAGCUGAGAACAGGUGCAAAGAAAGAACGAUGCCUUCAGGGGAAAAGCCUACUACUGUGUACACUUCUUCUCAGUACUGUCCUUGGCUUUACACUGCUUAUCACCUACAUCAUGAUGACUUGUGGUCUAGGACCCUGUGAUGUCAAGCUGGGCCUUACACUGUUGGCCAGACUCCUGAAUUCUAGGAAUGACACUGUAGACCCCUGUGAAGAUUUCUACAAAUAUGCCUGUGGAAGCUGGGAAGGCAAACAGUUAAGCAGAACCACAGAAGAAUCACUAAAUGUGUUUGAUGUGUUGUUGGAAGAAAACCAGUUGAUCCUGAAAAGGAUUUUAGAGGGCCCACAGUUUGGGAUAAGAGGCUCAGCUAAGGAGAAAGCAAUCCAGUUCUAUCGCUCCUGCAUGGAUACCCAACGGAUAGAAUCCCAAGGAACUCAACCAUUGAAGGACCUCCUAAAUCUGGUUGGUGGUUGGAAUAUGACAGGUGUGGGGAAAGCAAAAGAUUUUAAUGAAACUCUUCAGAUUCUCAUGGGCAGAUACAACACCUUUCCCUUUUUCAGAGUCCAUGUGGGACCUAGUCCUUUUGACCUCAAGACGAAUAUUAUUCAGAUUGACCAUCCUGAGUUUGAGAUGCCAUCUGAGAGUAAAUUCAAAGAGAAAAAUUAUCUUGAGGUUCUCCGAGUGUAUCUCUCAUAUUUGAAGAAACUGGGGAGCCUCCUUGGAGGGCCACAGGAUGGUCCCCCUGAUUCCUUUUCCCUUACCUUGUCCUUCAUAUCUAACCUCCAGCGAGUUGUCACCCCACUGCAGGAGAGACAACAGAGAGGGAUGCUGUUCUUUCGCACUACCAUCAGGGAGCUACAGGAAAUGGCACCUGCUAUUGACUGGCUGUCAUGUCUCCAGGCUGUCUUCUAUCCUAUGCCAAUGAACCUCUCUCAGCCAAUUGCAGUGCAUGACAUGGAUUACUUAAGAGGCAUGUCACAGCUCAUUGAACAAUGGCACAACGAAAGGGUCCUUCACAUUUACAUGAUUGUUUGUCUGGUUGGGAAUCUCUCCCCAGCCCUUGACAGUCGAUUCCAAGAUGCACGCCUGGAGCUAUCUAAGAUUCUUUAUGGAAAAACAGGAUCUAGAAUGAUCCCAGCUGAGCGCUGGAGGAAGUGCUUGACUGAUACCAGCUCUUUCUUUGAGCCAGUUCUAGGGCAGAUGAUUGUGCAAGAGAUUUUCCCUCAGACGACCAAGAAACUUGCUGAGCAGAUGUUCUCUGAGAUCCAAAAUGCCCUCUAUGGCCAACUGGAUCAGGUGGAGUGGAUGGAUGAACAGACUCGCCAAGAGGCUAAAGUCUUGGUUUCCAAACUGCAAGUGGAGAUUGGCUAUCCAGCUCACAUACUCCAGUCUGCCAAAGUGAACCUGGAAUACCAAAAUUUGGAGAUAAAUGAAGACACUUUUUUCCUCAAUGUGGUGGCUUGCUUGAAAAUACUGAGGGAAAAUUCCUUCUUGAAACUCCUUCAGCAUCACUCACAGGAUAACUGGCAUGUGUUCCCCUGGACUGUGCAUUCAUACUACUCAAUAAGGCACCAUAUGGUGGUCUUUCCUGCUGGAAUGUUCCGCAGCCCUUUUUUCCACAUGGAAUUUCCCAGUGCUGUGAACUUUGGAGCCAUCGGGGUCUUCAUGGCGCAUGAACUUCUUCACACAUUCUAUGGUUAUGGAUUUUGGUUUUUCCUCACAGUGCUGCCUGAGGGCUGUCCUACAUGCAACAGGAGUGCACUACAGAAAUCUAGAGACUGCUUGGUUGAACACUAUGAAAGCUAUGACAUCAAGGUCAAUGGUACUUUUACGCUGUUGGAGAAUAUAGCUGACACUGGAGGGCUUGCCAUUGCUUACCAGGCCUAUAAGAAUUGGCUGAAAAAGCACAAAGAAGAGAAGGAAUUACCUAAGAUUGGACUUUCACAUGACCAGCUUUUCUACCUCAGUUUUGCUCAUGCAAUGUGUGGACGCCAGGAUCCUGAGAAACUACAGUUUUCCUUGAACACAGAUGUGCACAGUCCCUUGCCACUUCGUGUCUGUGGGCCUAUCAGCAAUAGUCAGGACUUUGCCAAGCACUUCCACUGUUCCAGUGGAUCCCCAAUGAACCCAGACAACAAGUGCCACAUCUGGUAAUCUGCAUGGAAAGAGGGAGAUAUGACCCCAGGCCUGAUCUUCUCAGGACCCCUAAGGUGACAUGGUGCUCUCAUUCACUCCUCUACCUUCCUUUUCUUGUUAUCCUUUCCUCAGCAGUUGAUGGUGGAAAAAUUCUUAAACUGAGCUCAUAAGGGAAGAGGGUUGCCUCCUACUGCUCUGUCACAGAUGCGACAACUCUGGAGUUCAGCAAGUCCCAAGGUAGCAAGAUGAUUAGCCAGUCUCUAGCAGGCAACAGCUUCUGAGGAGCUGUAAACAGAAGAACUGUUACAUUAUUAGUCCCUCCAUUCAGUGCAUUUCCCUGCGUACUCCAGCAGGCUCACAGUCAUGUUGAAUGGACAGGGCAAUAAGCUGGAGCUCUAAGACUUGUUCAUAUAAGAAUGGCUCCUAGAGAAAUCCUAUGGGUUAAUGUGCCACACAUGUAAGUUACCAGAGAGGGACGAAUCCUCUUCCCUUCAGCCAAUAAAUGGAGAUUGGUAGUAGGAAAGACUCAGUGACUCCAGCUUCUAGGCCAAAAGGUAAAUCACUUAAUAAUGAAAGUUACUGAAGGCCUUCCCUGUUCUGUUUUUGUUUCAUCAGCAAAACUCCUGAGACAGAAUAGGAAAGAGUAAAACAUCCCAGUUGGUGGGAGGGGGAUUGCAAGCUGAGAACAUACUCUUUCUUCUUUCUUCCUUUUCCAACAAGAUUUUCUUUUUUUAGUCUCUAUUUAGGGUUGAGGAUAUGGUUGAGGGUGGAGUCU